AUGCCUCCCGUCGCGGCACCGCGACUGCCUCUUCUUUUCGCCCUGGCGCUCUCCUGCCGCCCGCUCAGCGGGGAGCCGGGCCAGGGAGCGGCCACCUGGUCCCGCUUCGCCAGCCUGCCCUUCCCGGAGGACGACCACUUCCUCUACGACACCUUCCCCGAGGGCUUCUCGUGGGGGGCGGGCAGCGCGGCGUACCAGGUGGAGGGCGCCUGGAGCCAGGACGGCAAGGGCCCCUCGGUGUGGGACGCCUUCACGCACCGCCGCCGCGGCGCAGCGCCUCUCCAGCGCCUCUCCGCCGCCGCGCCGCCGUCCGGGGACGUGGCCAGCGACAGCUACCGCAACGCCGGGCGCGACCUGGAAGCGCUGGGCCGCCUGGGGGUCUCCCACUACCGCUUCUCGCUGGCCUGGCCGCGCCUCCUCCCGAACGGCACGCUGCCCGCCAGCCCCGCCGGGCUGCUCUAUUACUCGCGCCUGCUCUCCGGCCUGCGGCAGCGCGGCGUGGAGCCCGUGGUCACGCUCUUCCACUGGGACCUGCCCCAGCGCCUGCAGGACGCCUACGGCGGCUGGCAGAACCCGGCGCUCGUCGACCUGUUCCGGGACUACGCCGAGCUCUGCUUCACGCACUUCGGCGACCGCGUGCGCUACUGGCUCACCAUCGACAGCCCGUACCUCGUGGCGUGGCACGGCUACGCCACGGGCAAGCUGGCCCCCGGCCUGCGGAGCGGGCGGGAAGCGGGCUACCGGGCGGCGCACCACCUCCUCAAGGCCCAUGCCAAAGUGUGGCAUCUUUACAAUGAUCAUUUCCGUCCCAUUCAAGGAGGCAAAGUGUCAAUUGCCUUAAGUUCUCACUGGAUAAGACCUCUACGCAUGACUGAAAGUGAUAUAAAGGAAUGUCAGAAAUCUCUUGAUUUUGUCUUGGGCUGGUUUGCUAAGCCUAUAUUUAUUGAUGGAGACUACCCUCAAAGCAUGAAGACCUACCUUUCUGCAGGACUGCCAGAAUUCACUGAAGCAGAAAAGAAGUUUAUCAAGGGGACAGCUGAUUUCUUUGCUCUUUCCUUUGGAGCCACACUAAGUUUCCAUCUGGUGGAUUCUGACAUGAUAUUUCAGCAGCAAGAAUCACUAAGCUUAAGACCACUCCUUUACUGGAUAAAUAGUGAAUAUAACAAACCAGAGAUUUUCAUUGUGGAGAACAGCUGGUUUGUUUCUGGUAGCACAAAGUUGGAUGACUUCAAGUACAUGAACUAUCUGAAAGAUUUCAUUAUGGACACUUUAAAAGCUAUUAGAUAUGAUGGUGUUACUGUCAUUGGCUACACAGCUUGGUCUCUCAUGGACGGCUUUGAGUGGCUCAGAGGCUACAAUGUUCGACGGGGACUGUUCUAUGUUGACUUUCAAAGCCAGGCUAAAAAGUUGAUGUUGAAAUCUUCAGGAGUGUUCUACCAAAAACUCAUACAGGACAAUGGCUUCCCUCCGGUCCCAGAAAAUCAGCCCAUAGAAGGAUAUUUUCCUUGUGAUUUUGCUUGGGGGAUUACUGAAAAUUUUCUUCAGGUAGAUACUACUCGAUCCCAGUUCCUUGACCCUAAUGUUUACAUCUGGGAUAUCCAUCAAACCAAGAAGCUCAUUAAAAUUGAUGGUGGCAGUGUCCCAAGCCACAGGCCGAACUGUGUCGAUUUUGCUGCUAUUCGGCUUCAGAUUUCCUUACUUCAGGAAAUGCACGUUACGCACUUUCAUUUUUCACUGAUGUGGGCUUCAAUUCUCCCUCUAGGUAAUGAGAGUUAUGUUAACCACACACUCUUAUCUUACUACCAGUGUUUUGUCAGUGAAUUAAUCCUUGUGAAUAUAACCCCUGUCAUUGCAUUAUGGCAACCUGUGCCUGAAAAUCAAGGACUUCCUCUUCCUCUAGCCAAAAAUGGAGGAUGGGAGAACCGAAAGAUUGUGGAGGCCUUUGUUGAGUAUGCUAGGUUUUGCUUUAAAAAACUUGGCCAGCAUGUCAAAUUUUGGAUCACAAUGAAUGAACCCAUUGUGAAGAACCUGACAUUUAAAGCAGCCCAUAAUCUGCUGAAGGCCCAUGCUAAAGCAUGGCAUCUGUAUGAUAAAAAAUUCAGGAAGACUCAGAAGGGUAAAAUAUCUAUUGCCUUCAGUGCCAACUGGUUUGAGCCAGCCUGCCCCUCUUCAAAAAAGGAUGCCAGUGCAGCCAAGAGGGUUCUGGAAUUUGACAUUGGCUGGCUUGCUGAUCCCAUCUUUGGAACUGGAGACUAUCCGGAGGCGAUGCGGCAGUGGCUUCAUCAAAAAAACAGCCAAGGGGCUCCUGAUUUUCACUUACCUUAUUUCUCGGAGGAAGAAAAAAAUCUAAUCUACGGUUCUUUUGACUUCUUUGCCUUGAGUCACUAUGCAACAUUUCUUGUGGACUCUGAAAAUGAAACCCCCACAAAAUAUGAUUAUCACCUUGAAGUCCAAAUGCUAAAUGAUAUCACUUGGGUGAAAUCAGCGAACAAAAACCCAGUGGUGCCCUGGGGGUUACGCAAGCUGCUCAACUGGAUUAAGAAUAAAUAUGGCAAUAUCCCCAUUUAUAUCAUAGCCAGUGGAAUUGACGAUGAUCAGGAUGUGGCUCAAGACAAGCUAAGAAUCUAUUACAUAGAGAAUUAUAUCAAUGAAGCCUUAAAAGCCUACACACUGGAUAAUGUUAACCUCCGAGGCUAUUUCAUCUAUUCUUUCAGUGAUAGGGGUGAUUCACGAUCGUACGGCCUCUAUCGUUACGUGAUCAACCAGUAUGAGCCAAAGCCUUCCCUGAUGCAUUAUAGACAGAUAAUUGACAACAACACCUUCCGUGGCCUGGAAACUGCUUCCCCGCAUUGCCCAACAGAGCUUACCCUCUGCCCAGAAUGUGACUUUUUCCAACCCAGAAUAUCUUUACUGGCAUUUAUAGCAUUUAUCUUGUUUGCUUUCAUCGUUACUGUGAUUUUGAUCACUCAUUACUCCAAGAAGAUUGAUAGAAGGCAUAAACACGGCUUUCCUCUUGCUUGUUGCCCUUCACCUGCACUAGCUGUGGGAGCUUGGAAGUAAUUAUGCACCAUGCUGUGAUUACUGUUGCACUAUGAAAGUAUUUAUGCUGACUGAUACUGUGGUGCAUUAAAAAAGAAAAUGGACUGUGUCCAUGGAGUUUGUGUGACUAUUUUUGGUAUGUGCACUUUGGUUUGCAGGCUGCCUUGAGUAGCUGGUGGUAUUAGCACCCCUCCAAUAAUCUGCAGUAGCUGUUAUCAAUUGUGUUGCAGUACUUAGAUCAGAGUAUAUGAAUAACAUUUCCUUUCCUGUU